AUGAACCCUCACACACCCACUUACGGAUCCGACCCGGCUUCCCCCAACACCACCUACGUCCAAGCCAACCCAUCAAACUUCCGGGCCGUCGUCCAGAAGCUCACCGGCGCAACGGAAGACCCGUUGGCCCAGAAGCUCCCUCUCACCCUCCCCGCCCGCUACACCAACCCCAAACCCGCCGCCGAAGUGGGGCCCCGACGACCCGCCUUCAAGCUCCACGAACGCAGACACAGCACCAAGAAGCUCGAGCUCCACCUCACCACCACAACAGUACUCCCAUCAUCGGCAUGUGUACCCCAGCUUGUUCGGCCGGUGAUGAUGUCACCUGUUUCGCCGUUUGAGUUUCUGGCACGUGGGAGCCCCAGGACGCCGGUGUCGCCGUGCGAGGUGGAGGAGGAAGAGGAGCGAGCCAUUAUCGCAGAGAAAGGGUUCUAUCUGCACCAAGCAAGUCCGUUGAGUACACCGCGAGGGUCCGAUCAUCAUCAUCCACCUGAGCUUUUACCUUUGUUUCCUUUGCAUUCUCCUCGAGAUAUCACUCGAACUCAAACCUCAACCUCUAUUUCUUAA